AGUGCCGGGCUGUGGGCCGGGGAGGAAGGUGGUUGGCGGUGCCUCCACCACCUCCGCCGCUGCCCGAUCGGUUUGUGCUGCCGCCGAGGGCGCCCUGCCCCUCGAACGUUCGGGCAUGAGACCGUGAGGCCAGCGACGGGCCGGGACCGCCGACAUGUUUGGCCGCUCGCGGAGCUGGGUGGGCGGGGGCCACGGCAAGUCCUCCCGCAACAUCCACUCCUUGGACCACCUCAAAUAUCUGUACCAUGUUUUGACCAAAAACACCACAGUCACAGAACAGAACCGGAACCUGCUAGUGGAGACCAUCCGUUCCAUCACCGAGAUCCUGAUUUGGGGAGACCAGAAUGACAGCUCUGUGUUUGACUUCUUCCUGGAGAAGAACAUGUUCGUUUUCUUCCUGAACAUCCUGCGGCAGAAGUCAGGCCGCUAUGUGUGUGUGCAGCUGCUGCAGACCUUGAACAUCCUCUUUGAGAACAUCAGCCACGAGACCUCACUUUAUUAUUUGCUCUCUAAUAACUAUGUCAAUUCUAUCAUUGUCCAUAAGUUUGACUUUUCCGAUGAGGAGAUUAUGGCAUAUUAUAUAUCAUUCCUGAAAACCCUCUCGUUAAAACUCAACAACCACACCGUCCACUUCUUUUACAAUGAGCACACAAAUGACUUUGCCUUGUAUACAGAAGCUAUCAAAUUUUUCAACCACCCUGAAAGCAUGGUUAGAAUUGCUGUAAGAACCAUAACCUUGAACGUCUACAAAGUGGAUAACCAGGCCAUGCUGCACUAUAUCAGAGAUAAAACGGCCGUCCCUUACUUCUCCAACUUGGUCUGGUUCAUCGGGAGCCACGUGAUCGAACUUGAUAACUGUGUGCAGACUGAUGAGGAGCACCGCAAUCGGGGCAAGCUGAGCGACCUGGUGGCCGAGCACCUGGAUCACCUGCACUAUCUCAACGAUAUCCUGAUCAUCAACUGCGAGUUCCUCAAUGACGUACUCACCGACCACCUGCUCAACAGGCUCUUCCUGCCGCUCUACGUGUACUCACUGGAGAACCAGGACAAGGGAGGAGAACGACCGAAAAUCAGCCUGCCUGUUUCUCUCUAUCUCCUGUCGCAGGUCUUCCUAAUUAUACACCAUGCACCCCUGGUGAACUCGUUAGCUGAAGUCAUUCUGAAUGGAGAUCUGUCUGAGAUGUACGCUAAGACUGAGCAGGAUGUUCAGAGAAGUUGUGCCAAGCCCAGCAUUCGGUGCUUCAUUAAACCCACCGAGACGCUGGAGCGCUCCCUCGAGAUGAACAAGCAGAAGGGCAAGAGGCGGGUGCAAAAGAGACCCAACUACAAAAAUGUUGGGGAGGAAGAAGAUGAAGAGAAAGGGCCCACUGAGGAUGCCCAGGAAGACGCCGAGAAGGCCAAAGGUACAGAGGGUGGUUCAAAAGGCAUCAAGACAAGUGGGGAGAAUGAAGAGAUUGAGAUGGUCAUCAUGGAGCGCAACAAGCUCCCGGAGCCGGCAGCCAGCCCCUCAGUGCAGGAGCAGAACACCACAGACGAGGAGAAGAGCGCCGCCGCCACGGGUGUGGACCGCACGCCCUGGAACAGACCCUUCCUGGAGAUGGUGUACCACGCGCUGGACAGCCCAGAUGAUGAUUACCAUGCUCUCUUUGUGCUCUGCCUCCUCUAUGCCAUGUCUCACAACAAAGGCAUGGAUCCUGAAAAACUGGAGCGAAUCCAGCUCCCAGUGCCGGGUGCGGCCGAGAAGACCACCUACAACCACCUACUGGCCGAAAGACUCAUCAGGAUCAUGAAUAAUGCAGCGCAGCCAGACGGGAAGAUCCGGUUGGCGACGCUGGAGCUCAGCUGCCUGCUCCUGAAGCAGCAAGUGGUGACCAACUCGGGAUGUAUCAUCAAAGACGUGCACCUGGCCUGCCUGGAGGGCGCGAGAGAAGAAAGUGUCCACCUCGUGCGUCACUUUUACAAGGGAGAAGAAAUUUUCUUGGACAUGUUUGAAGACGAAUACAGGAGCAUGACAAUGAAGCCCAUGAACGUGGAGUAUCUCAUGAUGGAUGCCUCCAUCCUACUGCCCCCGACAGGCACGCCGCUGACGGGCAUUGACUUCGUGAAGCGGCUGCCCUGUGGCGACGUAGAGAAGACCCGGAGGGCCAUCCGGGUGUUCUUCAUGCUCCGGUCCCUGUCUCUGCAACUGCGAGGGGAGCCCGAGACCCAGUUGCCGCUGACGCGGGAGGAGGACCUGAUCAAAACGGACGACGUCCUAGACCUGAACAACAGCGACCUGAUCGCCUGCACAGUCAUCACCAAGGAUGGCGGCAUGGUCCAGCGCUUCCUGGCUGUCGAUAUUUACCAGAUGAGUUUAGUGGAGCCCGACGUGUCCAGGCUUGGCUGGGGAGUGGUCAAGUUCGCAGGCCUUCUGCAGGACAUGCUGGUGACCGGCGUGGAGGAUGACAGCCGUGCCCUGAAUAUCACCAUCCACAAGCCUGCGUCCAGCCCCCACUCCAAGCCCUUCCCCAUCCUCCAAGCCACCUUCAUCUUCUCCGACCACAUCCGCUGCAUCAUCGCCAAGCAGCGCCUGGUCAAGGGCCGCAUCCAGGCAAGGCGCAUGAAGAUGCAGAGGAUCGCUGCCCUCCUGGACCUCCCGAUCCAGCCAACUCCCGAGGUCCUGGGCUUUGGCUUCGGCUCAUCCUCUUCCACCCAGCACCUGCCUUUCCGCUUCUACGACCAGUGCCGCCGGGGCAACAGUGACCCCACGGUGCAGCGCUCUGUGUUCGCGUCGGUGGACAAGGUGCCAGGCUUCGCCGUGGCCCAGUGCAUAAACCAGCACAGCUCGCCGUCCGUGUCCUCGCCGUCUGCCAGCGGGAGCCCCAGCGGCAGCGGGAACACCAGCCACUGCGACUCGGGAGCCAGCUCUGUGUCCACCCCUUCCGUCUCCCAGAGCCCCACAGAUGACUCCCCGACGACAGAACCGCCUCAGCCUAACCCCCCCGACCAGUUGGUGAUGGUCAGCGAAACAGAAGCAGAGGCCCGGCCCAGCAAGACGCUGGCUAGGAGCGCAGACGUGGAGACCGCCAGCCUGUCCCCCAGCCUCAUCCCCGCCCAGCAGCCCACCAUCUCCCUGCUCUGCGAGGACACUGCCGACACGCUGAGCGUGGAGUCGCUGACCCUCGUCCCUCCUGUGGACCCCUGCAGCCUCCGCACCCUCACCAGCAUCCCCCCGCCGCCCACGCCAGCCGCAGCCGGCACCGCCGCCCCCGGGGAGGAGGCCGCGCGCCCUGAGCCGGAGGCUGCGGCCGGGCACUGAGCCGGGCCCU